UGACAAUAUCGAAAGUUUUGCGCUGAAACAAUUGCGACGGAUCUCGACGCUGUCGCUGACGCUCCCCGCGCCGCCCGCGGCUCUCCUAACGCGCGGAGCAUCGCCAUUGCUGUUGUGUUGCUAAAAAUACAUUCCUGCGUGCGACCCAUGCUCGCCAAAUGUACAGAAGCGUCUCAGUAAAUACAAACGAGCGAACUCUCGAGUUCUGACGGUGGUUUUACUGGAGAAAUGUGACGCAAACAAACGCUGUGAAGGCUAACAGCACGAGCCUAUCUGUGCAAACGACAAAAUAACCCUGAACCGUACAGAAAUGGUCGGAUUUGCGCAGCGCAACACUGUAUCAUGCAGCAGGCUACCGCUACAUAAUAACACACUGGACAACACUAGAUACUAUUCAACUAAAACGCACUGAAUUAUAGCCUACUAUACUAAGUUCAGGCUUAGAGCGCGUGGGUUUCUGUGAGCCUUCGUCUCUUGAAAGCCUGUUUAGCUGUUCAGUGCACUUUGCUUGUGUAAAUGAAUGCACCUCGUAGACCUAAACACAGACAUUCAUCUGAUUUCUUUGGAUAAAACACUAAAUGACAAACAAGCAUAAAACAUGGCAUUUGGUUAGCCAACCAAGCAGUCUAGAGCUGUAUUUAUGCAUUUUUUUUAUUAUGCGAUUUGUGCCACAGUUUGGAGUUGCAUGCCUGCAGCCGGUGGUUUUGGUUAUAGUUUUAAUUUGGCCACUUGCAAGGACUCGGCGUCAUGCUAUAACAUAAAGAAUUCAUGUUGCAAAUUGAGUUUAAAAGCCAAAGAGAUUUUCAAGGCAGAGGCUGUUCUUCAGAACCUGUUGAUGUGUAUGCUGUGCUUCUACUCUCUCUACUAUAUUGUGGUCAGUCUCUGCAUCGGCAUUCUCAGGGUGGAGGAGGUGGACAGCUUGUUAGCGCCUUUUGACUACACCACUCAACCAUCAUGGCAAAGUCCCAAAUAUUUAGUGAGUGUGAUCUCCACAGAGGUGACGUAUGUUCUGGGCGGCCUGAUAUUCGCGUGGAUCGUGGAGGAGUGGGUGUGGGACUACGCUAUCACUGUCACACUGCUGCACGUCGCUCUGACCGUAGCAGUUAUGGCUGAUUUUCCCUCGACAGAGCACUGGUGGAUUGCUCUCGGCUCUGGGUUGUUGAUGAUGAUCUUUGGCGGGCAGCUCCUGGCUUACAGACUCUUCAGAAGUAAUUCUGUGCAUCCUGCAGACCUUCAGAAUUUCUGACACGCGGUGGAACACGUACAGGGAUGAAUUUUCUCAGUUUUAUAUUUCUUUUUUUACAUCAUAGGUAGUUUGAAAUGGUUUUGUUAUUCCUAAACAAUAUUUUGUUGUGAAACUCUCUGCUCAUGCUGAUAAAAUAAUUCCAGUAAAUCAUGUUAUUUUGCUGACCUUUUGUGACGUCCUAUGGUGAAAUUUUGACUCGGAUGCAAAUAUGAUUGUCUGUGAUUACAUGCAAA